AUCUCUUCGCCUCGCCUAAAGCCACGUUAAUCUCUUCUAACAGAUUAGAGACGUAUUUCCAGUCUGCCUUCUCAGCUCCUAAUCGUGUUAUUGCAGAGAGCUUUGCGCAGCCGCUGUACUCGAUAUAAGCAUGGCAGAAGAGGAUCCACCCGUCAAAGAGCACGAGGAGGAGGAGGAAGACGACGACGACGAUGACGACGACGACGACGACGACAAGGAGAAGAGCGACGGCGGCGACAGCUCCAGCUCGAGCUCUGAUAGGUCCGACGACAAGGACGACGACGACGACGACGAUCGCGAUCGCACACGCGGCGACGAAGAGGCGGAGAUGAAGGACGCGGGCACGCGAAGCGACAGCGACAAGGACGACGACGACGACGACGACGACAAGAAGGCGAGCGACAGCUCGAGCGACAGCGAUAGCGACAGCGACAGCGACUCGGAUCGGGAUUCGAGCAAAGACGGAAGCGAGGGAGCGGGUAGGGAGGAGACUGGAGAGGAGGGGCGGGAGUCGCCUAGCGCGGAAAAGAAAGAGAAAGAGGCUGAUGCGGGGGAGGGGGCGAUCGGGAACGGGAAGAGCGAGGAGGAUGCGAGUAUGGAUGUUGGCGGAGAGGGGAAGGAGGAGGCGUUGAAGGGGGUGGAGAGAGGUAGCGACGACGGUGGAGCGGGGGUGGGGAUGGAUGAAGAGUUGAAAGAAGCUGUCGCUGCUGCUGCUGCUCCAGCUGCUGCUGCUGCUGGUAGUACCGCUGCUGCUGCGACUGCCGAUGCUGCUGCUGGUGCUGGUGCUGGAGCUGCUGCUGCUGCUAUUGAUGAUGAUAAAUCUAGUGCUCCGGUCGAUGCUAUGGAGGAGGAGGGUGGGCGUGAGGGGGAAAUAACGCCUCCGGAAGUCAGGGCGCAAGAACACGCGCACAAGGCGGAAGAAUUGCGCGGGGAGGGGGAAGAAACCGGGGAGCGCGGAGCCCCGUCCGCAGGGCGGGGAGCAGAGGCCGCAUCACCCAGCCCACAGGGGGAGGAUGACGCGGACGGGGAGGGGAAGGACAGCCGGAGGGGGAAGGAAGGCGGAAAGGAACAGGCGGGGGGGGAUCAGGGCGCGGAAGAGGAGGGGAAAGACCAGGGGAUGGAGCUCGAAAUGAAGGCGGAGGAGGACACGUUGGCGGAAGAGGCGGAGCAGGCGGCAGCAGAGGCGGAAGCGGAGGCGGAGGCGGAGGCUGCAGUGGCGGCAGCGGCUGCGGAAGCAGCAGAGGCGGCGGAAGCGGAUGAGAAGAUGGGGGAGGGCGGGGAGAGGGGCGGAGGGGGAGGCGGGGGGGGGAUGGAUGAGCCGGCGCAGAGGCCCCCCCAUGGGUCGGAGGUGUUUGUGGGGGGGAUCACGAGGGAUAUAUCAGAGGAGGAUAUCCGGGAGCUCUUUUCCCAGAUAGGGGACAUCUAUGAGGUGCGUGUGCUCAAGGAUCGCGAGACGGGCAACAUCAAGGGGUACGGCUUUGUGACGUACUUCAACCGGCACCACGCCGACAAGGCCAUCGACACGCUCAAUGGCUCCGAGAUCAAGAGCAAGAAGCUGCGCGUGACGCCGUCGCAGUCCAAGUACCGUCUGUUCGUGGGCAACAUCCCCAAGAGCUGGAACAAGGACGAGCUGCACACUACGUUGGAGGCGGAGGGCAAGGGCAUCACCAACCUCGAGCUGCUCAUGGACCCCAAGCUCCCGGGUCGCAAUCGCGGGUACGCGUUUGUGGAGUACCACAAUCACGCGUGCGCCGAGGUGGCCCGCCGCAACAUGACCAAGCCCUCCUUCCGCCUCGCCGCCAAUGUGCCCACCAUCAGCUGGGCCGAGCCCCGCUCCGAGCCCGACCCCUCCGCCAUGGCACAGGUGAAGGUAGUGUACGUGAAGGGCAUCUCGGAGAAGGUGAGCGAGGACGACCUCAAGGAGGCCUUCCAGCGCUUUGGCGAGGUCACCAGGGUCAUCCUGCCGCCGCCGCGCCCGGGGCAACCCAAGAGGGACUUUGGGUUCGUGCACUUUGCGGAGCGGGCGGACGCACUCAAGGCGAUUGAGGCCGAGGAGAAGGUGCUCAUAGACGGCAAGGAGGUCGAAGUCUCUCUAGCCAAGCCUCCCCCUGAGCGCCGCCCCGGCCCAGGGGACCCCCCCUACCCGCCGCGCUCUGCGCCAGGGGGGGGGGCAGCGGAGGGGGAGGCGGCAGUGGCACAGGGGGGGCGUCAGGCCUUCACCCUCAGUAUCGGUCUGGUUAUGGCUAUGGCGACAUGGGGGGGGAAGGGAGGGGCGGGAGGGGGUUUCGGGUCGCAGGUGCCGUUUAUAUAUGGGCGGGGGCCGGCGCCUGCUGGUAUGGUCAUGGUGCCCAUGAUGCUGCCAGAUGGACGGCUGGGAUACAUUCUGCAAAGGGAGGGAGAGGGUGGCGGGGGAGGUUACGGAGGACGGUCGUCAGGAGGGGGAGGAGCGUAUCGGAGUGGGGGGGGAGGGGGAGGGUACUCGAGACCCGGGGGCGGAGGGGGUGAUGGGAGUGUGGGGGGGGCUAGUGCUGGUAACUCUCAAGCACGCCGUUACAGACCGUACUGAGUGCCUUGUGCCUUGUUUCGGGUUGAUUGACGCUGGUUCUUGGGGGGCGGCGGUUGAGGGGGGGGGGAGGUGGUUGUGGUGUUGGGGCUGCGGGGGUUUUGAGUUGAAUAAUGGAGGGGGAAUUCUUCAAGGGUUGAUAUGAUAAUGGUGUAAUAAUUUGUAAAACAGUGCAGAAGACUAAGAGCGUGUUCCUACGAGCCUCUUCCCAGGCAACCUCUUCCCAGACUUGCGCGCGACCUUGAGAGCGUGUUCCCAGGACCACUUUUUGGAAUACUCCCGUUUCAUGUUUGCGUUCCACCGCUCUCAACUACAUAAAACCAGCUGGCGUUGUAACUUUACUGUGCAGAUUCAUGUUUGUCUGAAAAUCUGCUCAUCUUAAAAGAGGAUUGUGAAAGUUUGCUUAGGUCCUCUUGUAAAGGCAGCGUGCUUCAUUUCAUCUGGGAAACAUACAUGGUUCUCGUCCAACAAAGAACUACACACAAG